AGGUUCCACAGAGGAGCAGGAAGAGGAGGACUGGGAGAAGGCAUUAUCAGUGGAGAGGUUCGGGGACAUCAUCACUGAGUCCGUGUUCAGCAGUGGAGAAAAAAUGGGCCGCAACUACAACGAAAAGGAUUUUGAGUAUCAUCGGCACACCUUUCACCACACUCACCACCCCCUGUCCACCCACCUGCCCCCGCCCCAGCGCCUACGCAAGCGGGUGCUCAGCAUGGACAGCGACCGCCGGCGCAAGAAGAAACGAAAGAAAAAAAAGACCUCCAUGCCGCCCUCGGAGGUCACGCCCACCAUCCAUGAGGUAGAUGAGGAGGAGGAGGCGGAGUCUGAGACAGAGGGGCGGGACCAAGAGGCCACGCCCACUGAGCAGCCUGACAACCAACCACAGUUUAGCUUGGGGAGUGAGGAGGAUUUGCAACCGGCUCUCCCCUUCACUUCCUUCCACAUGGAGAGCGAACAACAUCUGCCGCCAGAGAAGGCCACACUGGCCAUGGCAGAGGAGGUGGUGGUGGAGGAGGAGGAGGAGGAGGAACAGCAACAGGAGGUUCGGGAUCAACCGGAGGAUGAGGAAGGUGAUGAAGAGUCCAACAACAGGUGCCCCCCCUCUGUGGACCCCCCUAGUGUGACCACCUGCGGCUGGUUCAGGAGGAGUCCCCUCCACCCUGCACCGAGGACCAGUUACGACCUGCGGGAGCGCAUCUGCAUCGGCAGUAUGACGACCAUGGAAACAGCCGUGUACCAGAAAGUGCCCACUGACGACGCUGAGGCUGAGAUGCUGGCUAGCGCUGAUCUGGACGACAUGAAAAGUCACCGAUUCGAGGACAACCCUGGAGUGAGGCGUCACCUGGUGAAGAAGUCAUCUCGAUGCCAGCUCCUCCAGACCAACAACAGCUCUUCUCAACUGUCCAGCGUGAAGAAGAAGAGGACGGCUGACAAGAAGACCCAUGAGGUGUUUGUGGAACUCAAUGAGCUGAUAGUGGAUAAGAACCAGGAAAUGCGCUGGAAGGAGACGGCCCGUUGGAUCAAGUUUGAGGAGGACGUGGAAGAGGAGACAGACCGCUGGGGAAAACCCCACGUGGCUUCGCUUUCCUUCCGUAGUCUGCUGGAGCUCCGCAGGACCAUCACACAUGGUGCCGUCCUUUUGGACCUGGAGCAGACCACCUUGCCUGGUAUUGCUCACCUGGUGGUGGAGACCAUGAUCAUCUCAGACCAGAUCAGAGCGGAGGACCGGGCCAACGUGCUCCGUGCCCUGCUGCUCAAACACCACCACCCCAACGACGAAAAGGAGGGCCUCUGCCAUCGCAACCACUCUAGUAACAGCCUUCAAGGCAGCUUCCACCGCAACCACAACCACGUUCCCAACACUGCGUUGCCCCUUGUGGCCGAAGACCAUGCAGCGGUCCACCACCACUACCACGACAACAAAGCACCAGACCAUGACAAAGAGAAAUCACAUCACCCCCCCCUGCCGACGGCUCACGACCAUCAGGUUACCAAACACACAAAACUCUUAGCCAAAAUUCCCAAGGACGCCGAAGCAACCGUGGUCUUAGUAGGGUGUGUGGAGUUCUUGGAGCAGCCGGCCAUGGCCUUCGUCAGGCUGAGUGAGGCGGUGCUGCUGGAGUCGGUCCUGGAGGUGCCGGUGCCAGUCCGUUUCCUUUUUGCCCUGCUCGGCCCCGCUCAGUCCAACAUGGACUAUCACGAGAUCGGACGCUCCUUCUCCACCCUGAUGUCUGACAAGAACUUCCACGAGGUGGCUUAUUUCGCGGAUGACCGGCAGGACCUGCUGAACGGCAUCAAUGAGUUCCUGGACUGCAGCAUCGUUAUCCCCCCGUCGGACGUGGAGGGCAAGGACCUGCUAAAGACGGUAGCCUCCUUCCAGAAGCAGAUGCUGCGCAAGAGGAAGGAGAGAGAGAACAUUAAGAAGGGCAUGACCCAUGCCACCCCCGGGACAGACCAGGAGGUCAAAGAGGUGAGCCAGGACGAGCAGGAAGAGGAGGACCAGGAGGUGGACCCCAUGAAGCGGUCAGGCAUCCCAUUCGGGGGCCUCAUCCAUGACAUCAGGCGACGCUACCCACGCUACGCCAGUGACAUCAAGGACGCCUUGGACUCACAGUGCAUUGCCGCCAUCAUCUUCAUCUACUUCGCAGCCCUCUCGCCCACCAUCACCUUCGGAGGACUGUUGGGAGAGAAAACAGAGGGCAUGAUGGGAGUCUCUGAGCUUAUCAUCUCCACGGCGACCCUGGGGGUGCUGUUCUCACUGUUGGCCGGACAGCCCCUGCUCAUCAUCGGAUUCUCAGGACCACUGCUGGUGUUUGAGGAGGCCUUCUACAAGUUCUGCCAGGCCCAGGGCUUUGAGUACCUGACUGGCCGGGUGUGGAUUGGCUUCUGGCUCGUCUUCAUAGUGCUGUUGAUAGUAGCGGCCGAGGGCAGCUUCUUGGUCAAAUACAUCUCACCCUUCACCCAGGAGAUCUUCGCCUUCCUCAUCUCACUCAUCUUCAUCUAUGAGACCUUCUCAAAGCUCAUCAAGGUAUUCCAGGAGCAUCCUUUGAUGAGAAGCUACCCGCCUGCUCUCAGCCUGCCCGGUAUGGACUUCAUCAACCCCACAGACCCCGGGGGCCCGGUCCUAAACCAACCCAACACAGCCUUGCUGUCUCUCGUCCUUAUGCUUGGCACCUUCUUUGUGGCCUUCUUCCUCAGGAAAUUGCGCAAUAGUCGCUUCCUGGGCGGGAAGGCCAGAAGAGUCAUUGGAGACUUUGGCAUCCCCAUCUCCAUCCUCUUCUCUGUACUGUUGAGUUACUCCAUCCCCGAUACGUACACCCAGAAGCUGAAUGUACCAUCUGGUUUCUCGGUCACGUCUCCUGACAAGCGGGGCUGGUUGAUCAGUCCAUUCGGUGACAAGAAGCCCUUUCCCUUGUGGAUGAUGGGGGCUUCGGUGGUGCCCGCCCUCCUUGUCUUCAUCCUCAUCUUCAUGGAGACACAGAUCACCUCACUAAUCGUCAGCAAGAAGGAGCGUCGCCUGGUCAAGGGAUCGGGCUUCCACCUGGACCUGCUGCUCAUUGUCACACUGGGCGCCAUGUGCCCUCUGUUAGGCCUGCCCUGGCUCACAGCCGCCACUGUGCGCUCUGUCACGCAUGUCAACGCCCUUACUGUCAUGAGCAAGGCCACAGCGCCUGGCGAGAAGCCUAUGAUCCAGGAGGUGAAGGAGCAGCGGGUGACGGGCCUGGUAGUUGCCGUGCUCGUGGGCAUGUCUAUCGUGAUGACGGACGUGCUCCGUAACAUCCCACUGGCCGUGCUGUUCGGGAUCUUCCUCUACAUGGGCGUCACAUCGAUCACCGGCAUCCAACUCUACGAGCGUAUCACACUCAUGUUCACGCCCGCCAAGCACCAUCCCGACCACAUAUACGUGACCAAGGUGAAGACGUGGCGUAUGAACAUGUUCACCAUCAUCCAGCUGGCCUGCAUUGUGCUACUGUGGGUGGUCAAGUCGACCGUGGCCUCGCUCGCCUUCCCCUUCAUCCUCAUCAUGACCGUGCCGCUCCGCCGACUCAUCCUCUCCCGGGUCUUUGAGGAGCGUGAGCUUCAGGCGCUCGACGGGGAAAAUGAGGACUCCCCCAACUUUGACGAGGAUGGUCGGGACGAGUAUAAUGAGAUUCACAUGCUUGUGUAGACACGUCACACGGGUAGGCCCAAUCGGCUCUCUCCAUCUUCCAAGGCUCUCUCCAUCUUCCAAUCACGAGCAUGUUUCUUAUUACGUCUGCGAGCUGUGUCUUGAAAACACUCAGAUGACGUUUUUCCUCUCAAAAGAGGUCAGUAGCUCUGCUGCCCUACUGUUGCUGAGCGUGUCAGGAAUCCUCAAGUGGGUGACAUGGACAUUGCACCUUUUAAACACAGACCAAUAAUUCAUAAACACUCGUCCCCACUCAAACCCUGGACACGGGUUCUUCCUCUUGCUUUUAACGGUCAAGCUCUCUACAGGUUCCGGGCGUAAGUGCAAUGACAACAACCCCAAGUACUCCAGUAGGUUGGUUUUCCCUCCCAGGGUUGGGAGUCCCAUUUAUUUGGGACACCGGUGGAAUGAACACUGGUUGUAUGACAGCCACACUGGUUUCACUGGGAGCCAAUACUCCACUGCCCUCCUCAGCACAACUGCCUUUUUACCCUUCUUCUUACUGUAGCCAUUAUCAGUGGAAUUCAAUGACGACGUUAACCAAACAGGAAGUUCGGCAUUAUUUUCACUGUGUGCCCUCCCUUUAGUUGUGUGCUCCUCACAGGAUACGUUCCCUUUUGACCUUUGUGAUUCACCUGCACCGACACACCAGUUCGUUCCCUGGUCCAAUAACAGGAGAAGAUACAUUCGUUGAUCCCCUCUCAAUGCAGUUCUCCCUGACACGUAGAUACAGUACAUGAGGAUUACGUGUGUUUUGGAGAGAUGUUACUUUAUAAGGUAUAUUCUGCCCAACAGGCCAAUCCAAUGAUUGUGGAUGCAUACAAGUAAACACAUUGAGAUCUGCUGACCUUGAACAUGUUUAAAUUUUUCUUUUGUAUUUUUGUGACCUUACCGAAUUAAAUGUUAGCCUACCUAUUUACUUUAGUUUGUUGUUAGUUGCCAAAAUUAUAUGAAGCGAUAUUGACAUAUGGGAUGCAUUCUAAAUGCCUGUUAGUUGGAGGAAUUUGCAAUUAUUAACAUUAUUCAAAACCUUUGUCAAAGUCACUGGAAUUAUACCACAGGUAUCAAAAUCACUGUGUAGCACCACUGUCAUUGUGUACUUCCAUGUUCUGUAGGCAACUGUUGGAUGUGUUUAACAUGUACAGUGAUUGGAAUGGACUCUUUUCCCCAAGGUUCAAGUUUCUACCCCACACAGAAUGUUUGUCUGUUUAAAAUGGACUAUGUUAUCAUGAACAGUGCUGCAGAACCAUAGGUUUAAAUUGAUACACGUGAAGUGGAGACCAUGUUUCAAAUAUUGAAGCAUCUGCUGAAUUUGACGAAAUUAUGUAAUGUAUAAUAUGAUACUGCUGUUUUUUUUUUUUUAAAUAGACCCCACUAGAGAAGUGUAACAUCACAUGUCUUAUUGACUCUUGUUGUACAAACACUACACUCUUAGAAAAAAAGGUUCUAAAAAGGUUAUUUGCGGAGGGAUAGGGUUCUACCAAGAACCGUUUUGAUCUGAAGAUCCCUUUUUGGAAGACAAGGGUUCUUUGUAAGGGAAAGGAUUCUACCUAGAACCUUUAACAUUCUAAGAACCGUUUUUGGAGGAAACAGUUCUUUGAUAAUUCUUUAGAUGGCAAUAAGGAUUCUUUGGAAGGCAAGAAGGGUACUUUAGAAGGCAAGGGUUCUUCACAGAACCAUAUAUCAUACAGUAUUUCCCAGCAUGCUCUAGGUAGAACCAUAUACAGGGAGUUCUAUAACGAACACUAUAUAAAAGAUUCAAGAUAGAACCCUCUGCAAAGGGUUCCCCCUAUGGGGACAAUCCGAAGAACCCUACAAGGUACUACUAUUUAGCAGCUUUUUUCCCUAAGAGUGUAGAUACAGGGAUUGCAAUGGCAUGUUGUGUAUGGACAACCUACUUAGCCCCUACCGUGUGCGACGUAUUGAAUGUACAGGCCUAUAUAGUACGUUUCCAGGGAUGAUGUUUUGAUAGUCUUGACUUUGUCUGCACUGUCUCUUCCGCUGCUCUGUUAAACUGGAGGUAUGCUAGCGUCAACUUGGCUUCUGAAGGAAGGACUUAAGUCAAUAGAAUCUCAGACCAAAGUGGCCGUGCUUUACUCUGGGCUUGGAGUAAUAGACAGCUACUGGCAUUGUAUUUGGCAUGUCAAAGGCAAAAGGUAUCACAGUUACCAUGGCGUCAGACAUGAACAUGGGAAGAGGGCAAGGGGAGAAAGCUUCCACCUCACUUGAUGUGAAGGAAAAACGGGGAAAGGUCAUUGUUGUUUGAGAACACGGGCUUGCUGGUGUGUUGAGGGCUACCAGAGAUCCCCGUGGCCCUGUGGUGGAUAUGCCUACACUCAGUAUAACAAUCACUCAGUCACUGGGAAAAAAAUUAAGAUUUGGAAGAGUGGUUAUUAUUCAAGAUAAUAAAAAGGUAUAGUGUAUCCACUUUCUUCUGUUCUGUCUGGAUUCCUCAAGAUUUGGAGCAGGGACAUGAAAAGAAAAUAGUUCUAGGCCCAUGAAAAAGGCCUGGCAUGUUAGAUGUUGGGAAUCCACAAUGUUUCGUCGCCUGAUACCUCCAUGCUAGCACAGGCCAGACCACCCACCCAAAAUCUAGGAAUAUAGCGUUAUUUUUUUAGCCGCUGCUACUUACCCGUCUCUCACUUGAAGUCUCUGGGACCUUUUUUUUCUUCAUUUGAUUGGAUGACUAGGACAUUUGUGAAGGCGUUAAGAAGUACUAUAGACAAUCAGAAAUGUAUGCAAUUAGAUUACCUGUAUACCUUUUAUGUAUCUACCUUCAUAAGAUAUUACUGCUAACCCUGUGGCAACAUCCUAUUGUAUGUCCAGUUUUUUUAUUUUUUAUUAAUGGGUCAUUCCCAACUUGUCCUACAAGUUUGCAUCAUGUAAUGAAUAUAAAGUUAUAAAGGUGAAGGUCCCAUUUAAAGGGAUAGUUCAAGAUUUUGACAAUGAAGCUAUGAGCUAGUUACCUCAAUGCUAACUAGCAUUAACACAAUGACUGGAAGUCUACUGGAACAGUUAGCAUUAGCACCAGUUAUUGUGCUAAUGCUAGUUAGCUUUGACUCGCAAAACUACCUUCCUGCAUACUGUACGCAGAGACAUAAAACUGGUAUCCACUAGU